GCUCCGCCCGGUGGAAGAGGCGUUCUUCUUCGGGCAGUUUCACUACGACGCCAUCACUGAUACGGAGCUAGAAGCCAAGAGCCAGGUCCUGGUGAUCGGGCAGUACUCCACGGGAAAGACCACGUUCAUUCGCCACUUGCUCGGCGCCGACUUCCCGAACAUGAACAUUGGUCCCGAGCCGACAACGGACAAGUUUACGGUGGUGAUUCAUGGCCAGGAAGACCGCCCGGUGGAGGGGAACAGCCUCGCGGUCGUCAAGGAACUCCCGUACGAGGGGCUACGUCGAUUCGGAUCCGGACUCCUGGACAAGCUUGAUGCUGCCAUAUCUACCUCUCCAUUUCUGGAGAACAUAACUUUGGUGGACACGCCGGGAAUCCUCUCUGGAGAGAUGCAGAUGCACCAGCGCGCCUACAGCUUCACUGACGUGUGUCGGUGGUUCGGCGAUCGGUCCGACCUCAUCCUUGUCCUGUUUGACGCUCACCGCUUGGACGUCAGCGAUGAGCUUAUGGAGAUUCUGAUGCGGCUCAAGGACCACCAGAGUUCCAUCAGGAUCGUUCUCAACAAGGCGGACCAAGUCGACAAGGCCGAGCUCCGGAGGGUGUACGGGACGUUAAUGUGGUCGUUGGGCAAGGUAUUCGACAACCCGGAGGUGGUUCGAGUUUACAUCGGGAGCUUCUGGGACCAACCUCUAAAGCACACCGCACAUAAGAAGCUCUUCGAGACCGACCAGGAAUCGCUAACCCGAGAGCUAACCGAUCUCCCCCGGCUGUCGGCUACCCGGAAGAUCAACCAGCUCAUCAAGCGGACUAACUCCGUCCGGGCUCACGCGUGUGUGCUGAGCUACCUGAGGGAACAAAUGCCGUGGAUGUACGGCAGGGCCCGGCGACGGGAGGACCUACUGGACAACAUGGACGGCGUGUUGGAAACGGUCAGAGCUAAGCACGGUCUGCACGAGGCGGACAUGCCGGACGCGGACGCACUGAGGGCCAACCUUCAGAGCUUCGAUUUCGCCAGUUUUCCGAUACUCACGCCCGCCACGCUGCAGCAGCUGAGGCACGUCGUCGACGUCGAUAUUCACCAGGCUCUGCAAGAGGGGGGUGGGUCGGCGAAGAUCUUCAAGUUCUCCAACAAGCGAGGCCGUCCGCCGCGAGCGGGCAUGCUUUCCCGGGUAGGUUCCUCGAUACGACAGCUGCUCGGGGGCGGAGCGGAAAGCGACAACACGGACGGCAGCAGCGGUAAGGGGUCGCCGCCACUGCCCGCGCCGGCCCCCCUCCGGCCCCCGACUUCCCCCCACCUCUCCUCGGAGGGUGUUUCUGCCGCCCGCGUCGCUGUAACGGCGACAAGCACAGCACCGGUAACAGCAGCACCAACACCAACAUCAACACCGGCAGCGCCAGCACUAGUGGCACCAACGGCGGCAGCGCCAACGCCACCGGCAGCAGCAGCAGCAGCAGCAGCAGCAGCAGCAGCAGCAGCAGCAGCAGCAGCAGCGGCAGCACCCGCAGCAGCGGCAGCAGCAGCAGCAGCAGCGGCAGCACCCGCAGCAGCGGCAGCACCCGCAGCAGCAGCAGCACCCGCAGCAGCAUCUCCAUCAUCGCCGGACGAUAUUGGCACGACCGGCGUCUCCGAGGAGUCGCCGGAGAAGUUCGAGGAGAUCUGGACGGCGGUGAGCCUCGAUGAGGGCAGGAUUUCCGGCGGUGGCGGGGUCGGUAGCGCGGGAGGAGGGGACGAGAGCGGCACCAGGGGAAUGGGCAGCAAGCGUGCAAAGAAGGGCGGCUUCACGUGCUGCUCCGGCCUUCAGGUUCUGCUCUUGGUGCUCAUCCCUCUUGUCGCGCUGCUGCUCUUUGCGCCGGAGCCCGAAAUCGCCACCGGGACAGCACUCACAGAUCACGCCGCUAGAGCGCGGCGCUUCCUGGCAACCACCGCGAGAAGCCUGCAACGGACGGGCCAAGCUCCCGACGGAGAGGAGAAAGACGACGACUACCGCUAUCGGGACAAGUCCGAAGAAGCGCAAGCGCUGUAUCGCGGAACCGUCCACUGAAGAAAUGAAGGGGGAAAUGUUUGUCGUCAGCGGGGAUCGCUACCGGAACCGGUACCGGAGGAUUGGCUGCCGUAGGUUGCAUAAGAUAUCACACCCCCUUCAACGAUUUUCGACGCUCGUGAUCUCGGCAGGAAGAACAGAGACGGUGCCGAAAAUGGCGUCAUUGGAACUGUCUCGUCGAGCGAUAGCUUUCCGAAAACGUGUACAGUGGGGGCCCCGGUUUAGCGACAUGCCCUGUCUAGCGACAUGCCCUGUUCAGCGACCCCCAAAAUCUCGUGACACCGCUGCACCCCGGUUGAGCGACCACAUGGAUGGUCGCUAAACCGGUCGAACCGUCAAUAGCGACUUAUUGGGCUGUUUUCGGUGGGCAAUAGCGACCAUCGGUUCAAAUUUUGCGGAGACCCCGCGUUCCUCCACACACAAAGACACACAAGACCGCGCGGGACACGUACACACACGCAACAUGCCGUGCGCCGAUGGAGAGCUGCGCAAACAGCCGGAUGUGGAACUGCGGGCACCCGCGGGGCAUGCUUGCCAUGGUGGCUGAGGUGGACGCCUGCACCUGAUGUGUGGGGAGGUGGAGGUUCUCGAUGGCAUCGAGAUGCACCGCACCUGCCACGAGUGUGCACCCAAGAAAAGGCAGGCUUCCCCACCCGUCUCGAAUCCACUGAAAAAGAGAAAAAGAGGUAGAUGGGGCUGAAGAAGUUCGUGGUGCGGGGGGUGGGGAAGUGAUGGCGCCGCCGCCCUACUCGGAGUAUUCGUCGCAUUUUGGAUCGCUUGAAGCAUGUGAGGAGUCGUGGACUAGGCGAGGCAGCGUACCAUCUUGGCCAAGGCAAAGAUGUUGUUCAUCGAAGCACACUCCGCGAAACCAGCGCGACAGAUGGACAUCAGAGACAUGUUGAGUUAACCAUGAACGGCAACACGCGAUAGUAGCAGAAUGAAGUCACUAGCAGCGCGAGGUUCUUUGCCACUUGGGCGUUCACGAACUCUCUCCGUGCAAUGCAGGGGUGUUUUAUUAUCGUCUUUUGGGGGACGUUGCCACAACGUU